AUGCUGAGUAUCAGACGGUUUAUUUCUACCACUAAUGGGAUCAGAAGAGCGGCAGCCGCUACUGCUCGUAUGGCCAGCGAAUCUUCUGCUGCUCAACAACCGUCUGUGUUGAAAUUGGCCCUGUCCCUUGAGCAGCCCAGUAACGAAUGGAGCAAAGAACAACUACGAGAGAUCUAUAACACUCCCUUGCUCGAAUUAGUGCACUCUGCUCAACUCCAGCACCGCAAAUGGCACGAUCCAACCAAAGUGCAAUUGUGCACUUUGAUGAACAUUAAGAGUGGUGGAUGUUCUGAAGACUGCAAAUACUGUGCCCAAUCCUCUCGCUACGAUACUGGCGUGGAGGCCGAAAAGCUGGUAGCGCUCGACGCGGUACUGCUCGAAGCAGAGGAAGCCAAGAAAAACGGGUCCACAAGAUUCUGCCUUGGAGCAGCUUGGAGAGACAUGCAAGGGCGUAAAUCUGGUCUUCGUAAGAUCUCGGAAAUGGUAACCAAAGUCAACGCCAUGGGCAUGGAAACUUGUGUCACCCUAGGUAUGGUAAAUGAGGAUCAAGCAAAGCAAUUGAAAGAAGCUGGAUUGACCGCUUACAAUCACAACAUUGACACUUCCAGAGAGCACUACCCUAAAGUCAUUACUUCAAGAUCCUACGAUGAUAGAUUGGAAACUAUCAAGAACGUACAAUCUGCUGGGAUCAAGGCUUGUACUGGCGGUAUCUUGGGUCUCGGAGAAACCGAAGAAGACCAUAUCGGAUUUAUUCACACUUUGUCCAACAUGACUCCUCAUCCGGAGUCGCUACCAAUUAAUAGGCUGGUCCCAAUCAAUGGUACACCAAUGGCCGAAGAGUUGAAGAAGGAAAAUGCUAAAAAACUCAAGUUCGAUGACAUAUUGAGAACUGUUGCUACUGCUAGAAUUACCAUGCCUCGUGCCAUUAUUAGACUAGCAGCCGGAAGAUACACCAUGAAAGAAACCGAACAGUUCUUGUGUUUCCAAGCUGGGUGCAAUGCCAUUUUCACUGGUAAGAAGAUGUUGACCACCAUGUGUAACGGUUGGGAAGAAGACAAAGCCAUGCUAGCGAAAUGGGGUAUGGAGCCAAUGCAAAGUUUCGACUACGACGCCGAAAAGAGAACUAUAGCCGCGCAAGGGUCCGUGUAA